GAGAUUAUUGACCCUUCCCCACCCACCUCGCCCGUCGAGGUGGACUCUUAUGUCUGUUAGUUAAGAGCCUUCUUCAACCUUCAUAGCAGCUCUCGCCUCAUCAAAUUUCUGUAUCAGCGACAAGACGAUCUCUGAAAAUUCCGAGCGAUUUUUCCUCGGAUUGGAUUCAACUAAUCUAAAAUCAUGGUGAAAUGUUUCAGCUUCAUCGCGGCGAUAGACUGGCUGUUCCGCCGCUCGUUCUCCCGGGCGGGCCUAAGGGCGGGCAAGACAGACCUCGGGGACGGCACUGUCAUGCACUGCUGGGCCCCCAAGAAGCCGGACCCCGCCCGGCCGGACCUUGUCCUGAUCCACGGGGUCGGGUCCAAUGCAAUCUGGCAGUGGAACGAUUUCCUGCAUCUGUUUGUGUCACGGUACAACGUAUACGUGCCCGACCUGGUAUUCUUUGGGGAUUCGUACACGACCCGGCCUGACCGGUCCGAGGAGUUCCAGGCCAGGUGUGUGGCGGCGCUCAUGGACGUCCUAGGGGUCUCCAGGAUGAGCGUAGCAGGGUUGAGCUAUGGCGGAUUUGUGGCUUACUCCCUAGGGGUGCAGUUCCCAGAGAGGGUCGAGAGGUUGGCAUUGUUGGGCUCUGGGGUUAGCAUGGAGGAGAAGGACAUGGCCGAGGGACUUUUCAAGGUCGGGAGCGUGGAGGAGGCGGUCGACCUGCUCUUCCCAACGUCACAGGAGAAGGUGAAGGAUAUGAUGAAGCUGGCCUUCCACAAGCCCCCAAAGGCCAUGCCUUCUUGCUUCGUGCAGGAUUUCAUCGAUGAAAUUUUCUCCGAGAACAUUAAGGAAAGAACAGAGCUGGUCCAUGCUUUACACAAGAAUCGAACUCUGUCUAAUCUCCCUAAGAUCACCCAGCCGACACUGAUAAUAUGGGGGGAGUAUGACCAAAUCUUCCCAAUUCAACUGGCUCACAGGCUAAAGAGGCAUCUGGAAGGGAAUGAACAGGUAGAGAUGAUCAUCGUAAAGGACGCAGGGCACGCACUUACCAUGGAGAAGCUGAAAGAUAUUAGGAAUCACCUAAAAGCUUUCCUUGUUGAUAGCCUUCCCCGACCGAAUCAAGAAAAACAGAGCACCGUCCUGAAGGCAGACUAAACAGGUCUCUGUUGCUUUGCCAACUUCAGCUUCCUCAGCCUCAGAAUUGUACUACUUUUAUCAAGUGAUGAUUCUUUACAGCUUUCAUGAGAAAGCUAGCCUUGUUCAUUUGUCUCAUAUAUCACCGUCGCAUUCAGAACAUUGCGGUUGACAGUCUAAGGAAUGGAUGAAUGCAAUUAUUAUCUAA